AUGGAGAGGCUCAACACUAGAUGGUUGGCCCCUUCCCCCUCAUGGUUUAAACUCAACUUUGAUGGCACCGCUCACAGUGGGGUUGCGGUGGGAGGUGGAAUUAUAAGGGACAACUUGGGCAAUCUGGUUCUAGCCUAUGCUAGAAAUUUUGGUUCAGCCUUGAGUAACAUGGCCGAAGCCUUAGCACUCUUCUGGGGACUUAAAUUGGCUCUCGCUAUUGACGCUAAAAGAUUGAUCAUUGAAGGAGAUUCUAAGAUGAUCAUUGAAGUGACUAAAGGUCUUUCUAGGAUUAGUUGGAUGAUCAACAACAUUCUCAAGGACAUAUGGUCUAUGAUUGUUUGGCUGGAGGAAUUUCACAUUCAACAUAUUUAUAGAGAGGGAAAUUCGGUGGCAGAUUCCCUGGUUGGGGCGGGCCUUGAGAUGAAAGCAAAGAGCGAGAGAAAUACGGGUUUUAAUGUCCGUUUACCUAUUCUUAGCGCAGCAUAUUUUGCUGAAAAAAUAAUGGAUUCUGUUGUCGUCCAGUUGACUAACGUAGGCAUCGUAAAAGAAAACUGA